AUGAGAACAGGAAUCUUGGUUUGUUUAGUAUUGAGUGUAUUGAGUGUAGAACUCAAUAUGGAAAGACACUAAGAAGAAGUGAUGAGUAAAUUAAGAGAAUCUAAAUGGGCUUCUUUUAUUUUAGAGUUUGCAGAAGUAGAAUUGGGAAGUGGAGGUGCUUUGACAGAAUUGGUUGAAGCCAUCAAUUAAUUGAUUGACUAAUUAGAAGAAGAAUUAGACGAUAUUCAUAAUGCUUAUUCUAGAAGAACAGAUGAACACAAUAGAGAUGUAACAAGAUAUGAAUAAGAAAUUUAAGAUGCUGAUAGAGACAUUUUCAAUGGUGAAGAUUUCAUCGAUAAUGUUCUCAUUCCCUAAAAGCAAAGAUUCCAAGAUGCUUUGGCUUAAUUAAAAAUAAACAUUGAAGAAAAUAGAAGAAUACUUGAUUAAGAAACAGUCAAUAGAAAGAAAUAACACGAACAAUUCUUAUCAAAUAUUGCUGAAAUCAAUGAAGCCAUCGGUGCUGUUGAUGAAUCCUUAGGACUUUUGUCUUAGAUUACUAACCCAUCUCUUGUGUAAUUCAAGAGAGUUUAAUCGAACUUGGGAAGAAUCUAAACUUCUUUCUAAAAUCACUCUUCAUUUGCUCCAAUCAUUAAAGCUUUACUUGAGUUAGCAACUGAAUAAAACUUUGCUGAUUAAGGUUCUCUCUAAUAAUUGGUCAAGAUUUUCAAUGAAUUAAGAGUUCAAUUUGUUGACACAUUAAAUCAAGAAACUGCUGAUGAAAGUGCAGCUGAAACCAAAUUCAGUGAAAGAGUAGCUUAAUUGGAAAAAGAAUUCGCUGAAUUCUAAAGAGCAGUUCUUAUUAAAAAUUCUGAAAUUGCUGCAAAUGAAUAAAAAUUAGGAGAAACCAUCGUUUAUGUCGGAUAAAGAAAGGAUGACAGAGCUACUUUGUAAGCUUAAUUACAAGCUGAAAAUGAUAACUAUGCUGCAGAAACUGAUCUCUACAAUAGAACAGUUGCUGAAUACAAUAAAGAAAUUGAAAUCAGUAAGUAAGCACUCGGCUUAUUAACAUAACCAAGCUUUGAAUAAUACGUUAAAUCCAAAGUCGGAAUUUGAUUUAAAUAACAUACCAAAAUCAAUAUAUAUAUAUAUAUUUUCAAUCUAA